AUGGACUGCAUCGAAGAAGAGUUUCGAACCUUUAAGAAGGGAAAUUUGUCAGUGAGGGACUACACCCGACUCUUCAUGGAAAAACUAAAUUUAGUGGGACAUGUGGCCCCAACGAAGAAGAAUAAGAUGAAAGCCUACCUCAAAGGGCUGCUUGCGGACAUGAUGGUGAUAGUUAGGAACUCCAGAGCUUCCACCCUUAGGGAGGCAAUCGAAGAGGCCAAAGUCUUGGAAUCGGUUUAUGCUAAAGGAAAAGAAGAAAGGAUGUUGAGUGGAGAGAAGAGGAAGUGGGAAGGGCCUUACGCACCAUCCAAAAAGCCAAACCACUUUGGAAACAACAAUCACGGAGCCCAUCCCAAACAAGAAGCUAGAUGGUGUCCCAAAUGCUGCAGCAAACAUCACGGCUUGUGUAGCACCAACUCUACCCCCACCAAAUGCUUUAAGUGUGGGAAGGCAGGCCACACACGAAACGAGUGUCCAAUUAAGGGACCCAUAUGUUUUGGAUGCGGAGAACAGGGCCAUUUCAAGAAUGAUUGCCAAAAGCUGAAAACAGGUGGGAGUCAAGGAAGAAAAGAGGGCUCCCCGAAAGCAACCGCUCGAGCCUUUCAGAUGUCGAGAGAAGAAGCUAAGGCGUCGACGGAUGUGGUGUCAGGUACGUUCCUUGUUAACUUUGUACCUGCUCACGUACUAUUUGAUUCGGGUGCUUCAUGUUCCUUUGUGUCCACUACAUUCUAUCAACACUUGCAUACGCCGCCUAGUACACUAGAAGAUGCAUUGAUCAUAGAGAUAGCGAAUGGUAGUCAAGUUUUGGUGCGUGAAAUUGUUAGAGGUUACGUGUUGGGAAUUGAGGGAAAGGAAUUUUGGGUGGACCUCAUACCCAUGGCUAUAGGCGGAUUCGAUGUCAUAAUAGGGAUGGAUUGGUUAGUUGAGAACCGAGUGAAAAUCUUAUGCUCUAAAAAGUUGAUCCGAAUGUCGGGAGGGGACGCGGUGCUAGUUUAUGGAGAAGGAAGUAAAUGA